GUUGCAUUUUGCAACCCUCACAUCGGCAUCAGGCUGGUUCAGUUCAACUAAUUUCACUGAAUACCACGUCUCUUGCUGGUUGUGCAGAGGCAGUCAGGCACGCGAAACCAGCCACCUAAUCACAUUCGAUUUGGAACCCAAGUCCUCACUCUCACUGUUCCGGACCUGGAGGUGCAUCUUCAUCGAGGAACUUCUUGAGAUUGAGGAUAUUGAUUCUACUGAAUCUACUGAUUUUACGCACUCCCACACAAACAAAUCACCACCAACAUAAACAUUUUGAUAAUUGGACAACGCCCGUUUCGACUCCACUGUCACAGGUCGCCUACGGACAAUCGUGGUCCAGUCUCCUGGGACCGAAAUUCCGCCCCGAUACCUAGUCACACUCGCGUCCACUCCUUUGGAAACUCCCAACACCGUUUGACACCUGACAUCUCGCCCACCACUCCCAAACCUCUGGGCCGACCUUCAGCCAAUUGUUACACUACCUGGUCCAUCGACUCAAUUUUCUUCCCACCACCUCGUUAUUUGUGCCUGGGUUGACUUGAUGACAUUCUCCACCUGAAGCAUCUCUCACACACUCUUUGGCCAUGGAUGCCUCAUCACAACCUGUCGAGAAGGAGAAGAAAGGACUAAAGAAAUUAUGGAAGAAGUCUAAGGACUAUGUCAGAGGGAAGUUGUCGAAGCGAGCAACAAAAACUACCACCACAACCACUUCUGCACCUGUAGAACCCACGCCGGCACCGACAGCGCCUGCAGCAGAAACAGCCGUACCCAAGUCAAAUGAUUUCCCCGCCGAGACGUCAUUUAUAGAAGUAGAUGACAACAUAGAAGAGCCUCCAUCCGUGGCGGCAGCCGCAAAGAAGCCUGCUCCAGUGGUCGCGCCCACGGAUGAAAGUGGCGAACGAAGCGAGCCGGAGAUGCGAUUCCUCAAAGCUCAAGCAAUCUUCGCAAAGUACAACCUUGAGCUGAAUGAAGCCGACUGGGACCACAGACCAAAAGUGCCGUAUGAAAGGGUGGAAAAGAACAUCCGCAUGCGAGUCAGAUAUACUUGCCAUAAUUGUUCUGCUUCAUUUGGUCGCGACAAGGUCUGUUCUUCUUGCCAACACCGAAGAUGCAAAAAGUGCACACGGCAUCCACCAGCAAAGGACAAGACAAAAUCUUCGGCAUCAAAGGCCGGCGCCACUCAAGCAGCCCCUACUGCAAAGCCAGCCCUUGCUUGUCAUGAGUGUCAGACAAGCUUCACCCUCGGCGCCGAAGAGUGUACGAACUGCCAACAUACAAUAUGUGAGCGAUGCUUGCACGAUGUCAGCGUUGCCGCUGAAGAUGCUCCCGGCCCUUCGUCUGUCGAAAAACCCACUACUGAGCCCGCCACUACUGCGACCUGAUACAACUACUCUGCUCAAACACUCGAUCAUUCCAUGGCUCCAAUUUUGUUUUUUGAAUAAUCCACAUCCUCCACAACGGCUCAACACUAUAUUAUAACGACUCGAGCAUGUUACGACUUUGAUAUACCUUUGAGCGCUUUUGUCCUACACUUUUUUGCACCGGUGUUCGGGUUUUCGCAUCUACGGUCCCCUGAACUGGGACAUUGGGACAUUGGGACAUUUGCGAUAAAAGCGAGGAUUUGGCGUUGGGGGAUUGACUGGGGGAUUGACUAGGGGGUUACAGGUCUGGAUGCAAGAAAGCCUUGUUACUGGACAGAGGAUUACAGCAGACGUCAACAGGCCUGGUACUAUGUCGGUCAACACGGACGACUCGACCGUCUGCGCGUGUGGACCAAGACCAUCGCACUCAGAACGCUGCGAGGCUAGGCAGUUUACAAGUCUCGUAGAAGCGGGACACGAACUAUAGCGAUGUAUCCAAACAAGGACAGCAGAGAUCCGGAAGUCAUCUAAAAAGAUGUCUUGGAUUCAUGCUACGAUACCAAUGAAAACAAUCUACAACUCUAGGAUGGGUAUCGCAGGAUCGAAAUUGGCGUGACUCGCUGUUGUUGAAAGCCAGGUCACCUGGAUGCUGA